GCCACCGCAAAACCCUUGUUCCCGUUCUCUCUCCCAUGUUCUCCUCAACCUCAUUCCUCUUCGUUUCCUUCCUCUGUACUUCGCCGGAAAAAGUUUUGAUUCCGAUCUCAUUCUUCAGUUUCGAUCAAUUUCUUCGUCAACCAUGUUCGUCACGAAGAUUUUCUCACGCGCCUCCCGGAACAUUUGCCGGAGCUCGCUGCUCUCCUCGGCCUCGCAAUCCGACAAAACGACGCACUUGCCAAUCCUCGCCAAUCACUUACACUAUCGUGUUAACCAAUCUAUCGACAAAGAAUCUGCGUUGCAUCAUUCAUCUUUCCUUCAAAAGUUCAGAUUAUCAACAUCUGCAUCCCCUGAGACUUCUGAUAAGGAAAAUAGUAAUACUGUACCAAGUAAUGGCGGCUCUACACCUGCUUCUGAGCCUACGGCUGAAACUACUGGUCAACCCAAAGAAUCAGAUUCUGAGAGUGAUGACAAUCUUUCCAUGGAUGAUCUGGUGAAACUUGUGACUGAGAAGGAAGAACUUUUGAAGUUAAAGCACAAAGAGAUUGAACAAAUGCAAGAUAAAGUUGUUCGCACGUAUGCAGAGAUGGAAAAUGUGAUGGUCAGGACAAGGCGUGAAGCUGAGAAUUCAAAGAAAUUUGCCAUACAGAAUUUUGCAAAGAGUUUACUGGACGUUGCAGACAAUCUAGGACGAGCUUCAUCUGUUGUCGAGGAAAGUUUUUCAAAGAUUGAUUCAACUAAUGACUCUAACGGGGCUGUGCCGCUAUUGAAGACCCUUCUUGAAGGUGUUGAAAUGACUGAGAAACAGCUGUCUGAGAUCUGCCGGCAGCAGUGCAAGAGAAUCAAAGGCCACCACCUGUUAGACAAAAAGCCUAAACCAAUUUCUCAAGCAUUAAGAACCGCGAAGGUCAUCCACUCAAAGAGUCUGAAGAUUGGAGUUGGGCUUGAAGGGUUGCUAGGCAAUGCAAUCGUUGACCUCUAUGUCAAAUGCGGUAAUGUGGAUUUCGUCGAGAAGGCAUUUUCCCAGCUCGAGAAGAAGGAUGUAUUUGCCUGGAACUCGGUGCUUUCUAUGUACUCGAAGCAUGGGUUAUUUGCAACUGUUCUUGAUUCUUUUGUGUCAAUGUGGAAUUAUGGGGUGCAGCCUAAUGAGUUCACGUUUGCGAUGAUUUUAUCAUCUUGUUCCAGAUUGAGGGAUGUUAACUAUGGUAGACAAGUCCACUGUGGUGUUUAUAAGAUGGGAUUUGAGUUUAGUCCUUUUUGUCAAGGUGCGCUUAUUGAUAUGUAUGCUAAAUGCAGUAGUCUAAAGGAUGCUCGGUUAGUAUUUGAUGGGGCACUUAAUUUGGAUACUGUUUCUUGGACAGCAAUGAUUGCAGGGUAUGUCCAAGUUGGCUUACCUGUGGAAGCAGUCAAGGUGUUUGAUAAAAUGCGGAGAGUUGGAGAUGUUCCUGAUCAGGUAGCGCUUGUGACUGUUAUAAAUGCAUAUGUGGCUCUAGAUAGGCUUGGUGAUGCUUGUGGGUUGUUUGCCCAGAUUCCCAACCCUAAUAUUGUAGCUUGGAAUGUGAUGAUUUCAGGGCAUGCCCAGAGAGGAUAUGCAGAGGAAGCUAUUUCGUUUUAUCUGAAAUUGAAGAGAAUUGGCUUAAAAGCCACUAGAUCUACUAUAGGAAGUGUUUUGAGCGCAAUUGCCAGCUUGUCGUUGCUGAAUUAUGGUUUGAUGGUUCAUGCUCAGGUGAUUAAGGAAGGGUUGAAUGCUAAUGUGUAUGUGGGAAGUGCAUUGGUGAACAUGUAUGCCAAAUGUGAGAAAAUGGAUGCUGCAAAAGAAGUGUUCGAUUCUUUGGACGAGAGAAAUAUCGUCUUGUGGAAUGCGAUGCUUGGAGGUUUUGCACAUAAUGGGCUUGCCCACAAAGUGAUGGACUUGUUUUCGUGCAUGAAACAACAUGGACCUCAGCCUGAUGAGUUUACCUACACUAGUAUUUUAAGUGCAUGUGCCUCCUUGAAGGAUCUCAAACUCGGUUGUCAACUUCACACUGUUAUGAUUGUGAACAAAUUUGCAUCUAAUAUAUUUGUUACAAAUGCAUUGGUAGACAUGUAUGCUAAAUCGGGGGCAUUAAAGGAAGCAAGAAAACAAUUUGAGUUGAUGAAAAUUCAUGACAAUGUCUCAUGGAAUGCAAUAAUUGUGGGGUAUGUGCAGGAAGAGCAUAAUGAGGAGGCAUUUUUCAUGUUUCGGAGUAUGGUAUCGGAUGGGACUCUUCCGGACGAGGUGUCUUUGGCCAGUAUAUUGAGUGCUUGUGCAAAUGUUCAGGAGUUUAAACAAGGGCAACAAUGUCACGGUCUCUCAGUUAAAGUUGGUUUAGAUACAAGCAUUUAUGCUGGAAGUUCCCUCAUUGACAUGUAUGUCAAGUGCGGGGCUCUUUCGGCAGCCUGUGAUGUUUUUUAUACCAUGCCCUAUACAAGUGUCGUCUCAAUAAAUGCUCUAAUUGCUGGAUACACCACAAACGGCGUCAAGGAAGCCAUAAACCUGUUUCAAGAGAUGCAAAUAGUUGGACUUAAGCCUACGGAAGUCACAUUUGCAGGCCUUUUAGAUGGAUGUUAUGAAGGAGCAUCUAUGCUGAAACUAGGAAGGCAAAUUCACUGUCAAGUUAUGAAGUGGGGUUUUCUGUUUGGUUGUGAAAUUGUGUGUGUCUCUCUCUUGUGCAUGUAUAUGAACUCCCAAAGUCUAUCAGACUCUGAAACUCUCUUCUCUGAGUUGCUGAAUCCAAAAGGUUUGGUGUUAUGGACUGCUUUGAUUUCAGGAUAUGCUCAAAACAACCACUGUGAGAAGGCAUUGCAAUUCUACCUACAAAUGCGCACCGAGAAUAAUUUACCAGACCAAGCAGCAUUUGCCAGUGUUCUUCGAGCAUGCUCUGGAUUGUCUUCUUUACAAAACGGUCGGGAGGUCCAUUCCCUUAUCCUCCAGACUGGCUUUAACAUGGAUGAAAUAGUAUGUAGUGCUCUUAUAGAUAUGUAUGCAAAAUGCGGUGAUGUUGAGAGCUCUGCUCAAGUUUUUCAUGAAAUGUGUAGUAAAAACAGUGUCAUUUCUUGGAACUCUAUGAUAGUUGGACUUGCUAAGAAUGGCUAUGCAGAAGAAGCGCUUGAAGUAUUUACUCAGAUGGAGCAAGAAUCCAUCAUGCCUGAUGAUGUCACAUUUCUUGGUGUUCUUUCUGCUUGUAGCCAUGCUGGGAGAGUGGCCGAAGGCCGAAAGAUCUUCGACUUGAUGGUUGGCCAUUACAAGUUACAACCAAGGGUCGAUCACUUGGGCUGUAUGGUAGACAUUCUUGGGAGAUGGGGAUUCCUUAAUGAAGCAGAGGAGUUCAUCAUCGGACUCGGAUUUGAAGCUGAUCCGAUGCUCUGGUCAACUUUGCUUGGAGCUUGCAGAAAACAUGGAGAUGAAGUUAGGGGGAGGCGUGUAGCUGAGAAACUUAUGGAAUUAAAUCCUCAAAGUUCUUCACCUUACGUGCUGCUCUCUAGCAUAUACGCAGCAUCAGAGAAUUGGAAAGGAGCUGACUCUUUAAGGAGGCAAAUGAAAUCAAAGGGAGUAAAGAAGUUGCCUGGAUGCAGUUGGGUAUAACCAAGAAGAACCAUACUAGGCCGCUCAUACGGUUCGGGAUCCAAGCCCUCCAGGAUGAAUUACAAUUGGUCAAAACCUUCGACCAGCAUGAGAAAUUUCUCACAGGCGCAAGUUAUGCAGAUUGGGAACCCUCUAUUGAGACUUGACAGAGAUGUUCCAGCAACGUACAAGUACUUUUGGUCGCACGGAAUGAUAUCAGAUGAGAUCGGUAUCACCAUCAUGAGCAAAUGCAAUUUUGAUGAUUAUACUUUUUCAAGUCCUCACAAUGUGACAGAUUCAUGCAAUGAAACCAUAUCGAAAGCAAACCACAUUGUUGGUAAUUACAUAAACAAUUACAAUGUCAUCCUCGACGUGUGCUAUCCAUCUAUAGUGGAGCAAGAGCUACGAUUGAGAAAAAUGGUUUCUAAGAUAAGCUUGGGGGUUGAUGUGUGCAUGACCAUGGAAAGAAAAUUCUAUUUCAACCUUCCAGAGGUUCAGAAAGCGCUUCAUGCUAACCGAACUAAAUUACCGUAUGGUUGGUCGAUGUGCAGUCCAGUAAUAAAUUACAGCUAUACCGACGGUAACAUCAACAUUCUUCCAUUGCUGAAAACGAUAAUCGAAAAUCAUAUUCCGGUUUUGGUUUUCAGCGGAGAUCAAGAUUCUGUCGUCCCCUUGUUGGGAUCUUGAACGCUCAUCCAUGAACUCACUCAUGAUCUGAAGUUCAAGAUUACAGUCCCAUAUGGAACUUGGUUUCACAAAGGCCAGGUCGGAGGUUGGGCGAUCAAGUACGGAAAUCUUUUGACAUUUGCAACAGUAAGAGGUGCUGCUCAAAUGGUACCUUAUGAGCAGCCAUCAAGAGCGUUGCAUCUGUUUAGUUCCUUUGUCCAUGGUCGGAGACUGCCUAAUUCGACUCGGGCUUCAAUUGAUGAUUAGAUAAGUUUUCCUACACGUAAUACUCUUACUUGAGAUCUAUGCAUUCUGGAAUAUGGAAAAGAAGAAAAUAAUUUAGCAUUCAGGCCCCAAGUCUGAGCAGUUUACAAUAUUGAGCUCUCUGGUUUAUACCGGUUUCUUCUUAUUGAAUUCUUUGAAAGUUUGGGUUUGAAUUAAAGUGAAAAAGAAUUGCUUCUUUUGAUU